GUGGGCAGUAUGAACAGCAGGACUUCAUGCUUCUUGCGGGCCCUCUGACCCAGCAGRGGAUCAGAACCUCCGGCAGUGAGAAAGAAGCCUACGACUGCAGUCAUCCAACGCCUCCUCUUUCUAAGCGGUAUUUUCAGUCCCUCCAAGGCAAAGGUGUGACUCACUUCAAAGUGCCGCUGUCAUGGGCUCGACUCCUUCCCACGGGGAUCCCCAGCGAAYCCCGACAGGCUGUGGUCAGGUGUUACCGGACCCUGCUGAAGCAGCUGCUGGAGGCGGGCCUGCAGCCUCUGGUCGUCAUUCAUGGAUCCACAGUUCCAGGCUCUCUGAGGUCCAGGUAUGGGGGCUGGGAGAGUCGGGGUCUGGUCGAGAGGUUUCAGCAGUACGCCGAGUUUGCCUUGAAAGAAUUUGCACCGUUGGCUCGAUCAUGGCUGACAUUUAGUGACUUGGAUGGAGUCUUAAGAGAAGUGCAGGCUGCAGACGCUCACAGUGUUCUGCAAACUAUCAUCCAGCUCAGUGAGAAYCUUUCCCAGUUUUACCAUCAGAACUUUCCUGAUAAAGGGAGGUAUCUGUCGUUUGGGUUGGAGGCAAAAAAUGCAGCCGAACUUUCCUAUUUUAAAGAUUUAACAGCUGUGGAUUUCUUAUCAGUCCACAUUGAAUAUAACUGUGAUUCCUCAGAAAACUUCCUAAAGGAUCUAAAAAACCUACAGAUAUCUAUUGGAAACUUGCCCAUCCUGAUUUAUGAGAURAACAUUCAUGGUUGUUCUCACGACCAACAUCAGCCUCUUGGAGAUUUACUGAACAUUAUACAGAGCAGAAGCUUAAAUAUCGUUGGAUGUGACAUGAAAGAAGUGCUGGACAUUCAGGAUGCUCCAGAUAGUCAUGGCCUUUCAAAUUUGAUGAAAACAGCAGAUUCCAUGAAUAGCUAUGAGACCAUCUGGCAUAAGUUUGGAACCCAAACCAAAGCUGAACGAGAUCUAUUCCUCAGGAAGUCAUUUCCCUCUGGCUUCCAAUGGGCCACCUCCACAGAGUCUUUCAAGGUUGAAGGUGGCUGGUUAGAAGGUGGGAAGGGAGAGACCAUUUGGGAUCGUUUUGGUCAUAAAGGCCAARCCUUUGGAAACCAGACUGCUGACCUAGCUUGUGACAGUUACAACAAGGUUGACUAUGAUGUCUACCUCCUGCGAGGUCUUGAAGUCAACACCUACCAGUUUUCUAUUUCCUGGGCUCGUAUUUUCCCCUCAGGCCACAGAGACAGCCAGUCAAAGAAAGGAGCUCUCUAUUAUAACAAGCUCAUCAAUGCUCUAAUUGAAUCUGGCAUAACACCUGUUGCUACUCUCUACCACUGGGAUCUACCCCAGGCACUGCAGGACAGUGGUGGAUGGACCAAURCAUCCAUUGUUGAAGCUUUCAAGGACUAUGCAGACUUUUGUUUUGCCACAUUUGGAGACAGGGUCAAGACCUGGAACACAUUCAGUAGUCCUUGGGUGGUCAGCCAUGCUGGUUAUGGCACUGGCGAGCAUCCCCCUGGUGUCAAAGACUAUGUGGUUUCUUCCUAUCAGGUCACUCAUAAUUUGCUGAAGUCCCACGCAGAAGCAUGGCAUGUUUACAAUGACAAGUACAGGGCGUCACAGGGAGGGAAAGUAGGCAUUGCACUGAACUCUGACUGGGCUCAGCCUAAGAACCCCUCCAAACCUGAAGAUGUCACAGCUGCAAAUCGCUACCUGCAGUUUAUGCUAGGCUGGUUUGCACAUCCCAUAUUUGUAGAUGGAAAUUAUCCUGCACUACUCAAAAGUCAGAUAGAACAGAAGGCAAAAGAGUGUCCUAGUUCUGUGCCAGCAGUACUUCCAACCUUUACUCCUGAAGAGAGCAAGAGAAUAUUUGGAACUUCCGACUUUUUUGGUUUGAGUCAUUAUACUUCUCGUUUGAUAAGCAACAAUAUUGGAGGAUGCAACCCUGGUCCUGAGRGAGUGGGAGACUUUCAGGCACAUGUGGACCCCUCAUGGCCUACUACAGCCUCUGACUGGAUCUACUCUGCACCAUGGGGACUUCGACAUCUUCUAAACUACAUUUCAAGAGAAUAUUUGAAAGUUACCAAAGUGCCCAUCUACAUAACUGGGAAUGGGAUGCCAACAGAAUAUAGUGUAGACACCCUCAAUGACACCAGUAGAGUAGAGUACAUGCAGAGUUACAUCAAUGAAGCCCUAAAAGCAAUCCUUGAGGAUGGAGUUGAUGUGCAGCGAUUCACUGUGCAAUCACUCAUGGAUGGAUUUGAAGGAAAACAAGGCUACAGUGAAAGAUUUGGUCUUCACCAUGUUAACUUUGAAGAUGGAAGUCGAUCCAGAACGCCAAAACAAUCAGCAUAUUUUUUCUCACACAUUAUUGAGCAAAAUGGUUUUGUAUCACGUAAACAUGUCUUCAAAGGUCUAAGAAUGUCUCAUACUCCCCGUUCCACCACACUCCAAGCCUCAGAGGUUCCAUCAAAAUCAAAGGUCGUCUGGGAGAAAUUCUCCACACAGUCAAAAUUCCACAGACACAUGUAUCACUACGGCACCUUCCCACAGGACUUCUCCUGGGGCGUUUCAUCUUCAGCUUACCAGAUCGAAGGUGGCUGGAAUGCUGAUGGGAAAGGACCAAGUGUGUGGGAUAGAUUCACUCAGAACCCUGGCACUAUUCCUGAAAACGCUAAUGGAAAUGUAGCAUGUGACAGCUACAACAGACAUGAUGAAGAUCUCUACAUGCUGAGGGCACUGGGGGUAAAAACAUACAGAUUCUCUUUGUCCUGGUCACGAAUCUUUCCUAAUGGUAGACGCACUUCUUUGAACCAGAAAGGUGUUGACUAUUACAAUAGUCUUAUUGAUGGCCUCUUGGCACAUAAUAUCACCCCCAUGGUUACACUUUAUCACUGGGACCUCCCUCAAGCUUUGCAAGACAUUGGUGGUUGGGWGAAUGCAGAGAUGAUUAACAUUUUUAAUGAUUUCUGCGACUUUUGUUAUGCCAACUUUGGCAACAGAGUGAAAAUCUGGAUCACUUUCAAUCAGCCUCAAACAACUGCAUGGCUAGGUUACGGUCUUGGACAAAUCCCACCAAAUGUUAAGAAUCCAGGAACGGCACCAUACAAAGUUGCACACAACCUAAUUAAAGCCCAUGCCACAGCCUACCAUACAUAUGAUGACAAGUAUCGUACAUCACAAGGAGGUCUAGUAUCCAUUGCCCUCAAUGCAGAUUGGGUUGAACCUAUUGAUGUUAAUGUUCCUCGGGAAGUUGUAGCUGCUGACCGUGCCAUGCARUUUCAACUAGGGUGGUUUGCUCACCCCAUUUUCAAGAAUGGUGACUAUCCAGAAGCAAUGAAAUCACAAAUUAGUGCCAAAAGUGAUCUCCAAAGUCUUUCAGAGUCAAGGCUUCCCUUCUUCACAGAUGAAGAAAAGAAUUUCAUCAAAGGGACUGCUGACGUCUUCUGUUUAAAUCAUUAUACUACAAAGAAAGUAAGCCACAUUACAGCUCGGCUGUCUCCAGCAUCCUAUCAGUAUGACUGGGACUUUUCAGAAGCUGAAGAAAAAGAUUCACCWGGUACAGCAAUCAAAAGCCAAAGAGCUGUAUCAUGGGGCUUGAGAAGACUCCUYAACUGGAUCAAGGAAGAAUAUGGAGAUCCAGAAAUUUACAUCACUGAGAAUGGAGUGGCUACAGAUGCAAAAACAACAUGGGAUGACAUUGACAGAGUCCUUUUUUAUAAGACUUAUAUUGAUGAAGCUCUUAAAGCGUACGAACUUGAUGGAGUAAAGGUGAAGGGUUAUAUGGCAACAUCUCUCAUGGAUUCUUUUGAAUGGUUGCAUGGCUACGGAGUUGGCUUUGGGCUGCACCAUGUGGACUUCAAUAACCCAAACCGACCAAGAACACCCAAAUUUUCAGCUCAUUACUAUCAUCAAGUCAUGAAGGACAAUGGUUUUCCAAUAACAGAGGAUGAAAAGAUGAUUUAUGGACAGUUUCGAAAGGAUUUUAUUUGGAGUACUGCAACAGCAUCRUACCAGAUUGAAGGGGGUUGGAGAGCAGAUGGAAAAGGUCUUAGUAUAUGGGAUAAGUUUGCCCACACKCCUCUCAAAGUGUUCAAUGAUGAUAAUGGGGACAUAGCUUGUGACAGUUAUAAUAAAAUAAACGAUGAUGUUGCCMUUUUGAAGCAACUUAAGGUGACCCAUUAUCGUUUCUCCAUUUCCUGGCCAMGGGUGCUUCCGGAUGGCACUACCAGUCACAUUAACGAGGCUGGUCUCAGCUAUUAUGACAGACUAGUGAAAGCACUGCUCACUGCAAACAUCCAGCCUCAUGUCACUUUGUACCACUGGGACCUUCCACAAGCUCUGCAGAAUAUUGGGGGCUGGGAGAAUGACACCAUUGUUGGUAAAUUUAGGGAUUACGCUGACCUCAUCUUUAGCCGUCUAGGCCACAACGUGAAACACUGGGUGACCAUUAACGAGCCAUAYAAUGUAGCGAUGGUGGGCCAUGGCUAUGGUGUAGCUGCCCCAGGGAUCAGUUUUCGCCCAGGCACUCUACCUUACAUUGUUGGUCACAACCUUAUCAAGGCUCAUGCUGAAGCCUGGCACCUUUAUAAUGACAAAUAUCGGGCUGAACAGAAGGGAAUUAUUUCCAUCACAAUCAAUUCUGACUGGUCAGAGCCAAGAAACCCCUAUAAGCAAGGGGAUUAUGAUGCCGCCAGACGUGUAGUAGAGUUCUAUAUYGGCUGGUUUGCCCAUCCCAUAUACAAUGGGGAUUACAGCAAAGUGAUGAAGACAAUCAUUCGAGAGCGCAGUCUUGCUGCUGGUUUGCCACAAUCACGGCUGCCAGAGUUUACUSCAGAUGAGAUCAAGAGAAUAAAGGGAACCUAUGACUAUUUUGGGUUUAAUCACUACACCACUGUUCUGGCUUUCCCGGUGAAUUAUGGAACUCUUCAGCAUUAUGAUGCAGACAGGGGUGCAGGGACAGUUGUUGAUCGUACCUGGCUGGAUUCUGGUUCUGCCUGGUUGAAGAUGACACCAUUUGGACUCCGUAGAAUUCUAAACUUCAUAAAGGAGGAGUAUGGAAAUCCCCCAAUCAUCAUCACUGAGAAUGGAGUCUCUGAGCGAGGACCUAUAGWUUUAAAUGACAUUCACAGGUCUUACUUCUAUGAAAAAUACAUCAACCAAGUGCUCAAAGCUUAUUUGCAGGAUAAUGUGGACAUGCGAGGAUACACAGCUUGGUCACUCAUGGACAACCUAGAGUGGGCAACUGGUUUUUCAGAGCGAUUUGGCCUUUUCUAUACCAACCGUUCAGAUCCUAAAGUGCCUCGAGUUGCUAAGGCCUCUGUGUCCACAUACUCUACCAUCAUCAACUGUAAUGGUUUCCCUGAUCCCGCACUAGGACCAGAUGACUGUUUGAAGCCCAAACCUGAAGCAACAACUGCCCCGGUUCCUGAGCACCCAGUGAGGUUUCUGGGUCUGAGCCUCUCCAAUGAAGAUGCUGAGACUGGACUUAAUGCUACAUUUGCUUUGCUGAUUGUUGCAGCAGUUGGAGCCAUUUGUUUAUCUGUAGGCUUCGUUCUCAUUAAAAGGAAGAAUUAAAAUGUUGACUUAGUACAAUUAGAAAACAAUUCUAACUGCAGUUACACUUGUAUUUGA